AAUCAAUAAAACGUAGACCAAAACCUCGGUAUUUCCUAAGGCAACUAUUGUUGUAGAACCGGCUGCAACAGCACAAUCACAAGGGCAGCUACAACAAUGGCAAUAUCUGUGCCUUCACAACUUUUCCAUUCCUCUAAGUUUGUGCAAGUCCCACAUGAAAAACAGCCAACUGAAUUAAAAUUGAACAGCAAAUUUAACCGCUUAUGGUUUGGACAAAAAACUACUACCAAAUCACACCAGAAGUCUUGUAGCGUUAGAACUUGUUUCAGGACUCUGGGUGGUGGGAAAUGUCAUUCCCAGUUCAAGCUAAGGACUGCCAGAUGUUCUGUGUCAACUACAGAGCCCUCUACAGUGGAGAAAACAAAGCAGAUGAAAGCCAGAAGAGAUGUAAGGAAUAUAGCCAUUAUUGCUCAUGUUGAUCACGGAAAGACAACCUUAGUUGAUGCAAUGCUCAAGCAAGCAAAGGUGUUUCGUGAAAAUCAGUCUGUACAAGAAAGAAUCAUGGAUUCCAAUGAUCUAGAGAGGGAGCGUGGGAUAACAAUACUCAGCAAGAAUACAGCAAUAAUGUACAAGGAUACAAAGAUCAAUAUUAUUGAUACACCAGGCCAUUCAGACUUUGGAGGGGAAGUGGAGCGUGUGCUUAACAUGGUGGAAGGUGUUCUUCUUGUGGUAGAUUCAGUUGAAGGGCCAAUGCCACAAACACGAUUUGUUUUGAAGAAAGCUCUAGAAUUCGGGCAUUCUGUCGUAGUUGUGGUGAAUAAGAUUGAUAGGUCUUCAGCUCGUCCUGAUUAUGUUGUCAAUGCAACUUUUGAGCUUUUUAUUGAACUAAAUGCUACUGAUGAGCAGUGUGACUUUCAAGUUGUAUAUGCAAGUGCUAUCAAGGGCCAAGCUGGGUUGAGCCCAGACAAUAUUGGAAAUGACCUUGGUCCUCUUUUUGAAGCAAUCCUUCGAUGCAUACCUGAACCAACUAUUGAUCCUAAUGGCCCAUUUCAGAUGCUCGCAACAAAUUUGGAUUUUGAUGAACACAAAGGACGAAUAGUUAUUGGGAGGGUAAAUUCUGGUACUGUGCACAGAGGUAUGGAGAUAAAGGUGUGUACAUCAGAUGAAAACUUUAGAUUGGGUAAAGUCAGUGAACUGUUUGUAUAUGAGAAUUUUACAAAAGUUCCAGCUGAAAUGGUCGAAGCUGGAGAUAUUUGUGCUCUCUGUGGUAUAAGUGAUGUCCUUAUUGGUGAAACUCUGGCAGAUAAAGUUAAUGGCUCAGCUUUGCCUGGAAUUAAAAUUGAAGAACCUACUGUGAAAAUGGCAUUUUCAAUUAACACUUCACCAUUUGUGGGGCGUGAGGGGAAACAUGUGACAAGCAGAAAAAUUAGGGAACGUCUUUAUCGUGAACUUGAGAGGAAUUUGGCAAUGAAAGUUGAAGAUGGGGAAACAGCUGAUACAUUCAUUAUUAGUGGGAGGGGUACAUUACACAUAACCAUACUAAUUGAGAACAUGCGGAGGGAAGGAUUUGAAUUUAUGGUAGGCCCACCUAAAGUUAUAAACAAAAAAGUGAACGAUAAAUUGUUUGAACCCUAUGAGAUUGCUAUUGUUGAAGUACCAGAAACAUACGUGGGUGGUGUUGUGGAGCUCCUGGGAAAACGCCGUGGUCAGAUGCUUGAUGUCCAAGCCACAGGUCAGGAGAACACCACCGUGGUGAAAUACAAAAUACCAACUCGUGGUCUACUUGGCCUUCGAAAUGCAAUAUUGACCUCUUCCCGAGGUACUGCCAUUUUAAACACUGUUUUUGAUGAAUAUGGACCCUGGGCUGGAGACAUUAGUACAAGAGACCAAGGCUCUUUGGUAGCCUUUGAGAUAGGAACCACUACUACAUAUGCAUUAAUGAGUUCUCAGGAAAGAGGUCAGAUGUUUGUAGGUCCUGGUGUAGAUGUCUACAAAGGUCAAAUUGUGGGCAUCCAUCAAAGACCUGGUGAUCUGUCACUCAAUGUAUGCAAGCGGAAGGCUGCGACAAAUGUCCGUUCCAAUAAGGAAUCAACAGGUGCAUACCUCAUACAUUUCUGGCUAAUGAAAUUUAUUUUUCGAAAACCAUCUUCAUUUUGCAUGUCAACAACAACGUUUUUUUUUGCAGUGGUCCUUGAUGCACCUUUGGAUUUCAGUCUGGAUGAUUGUAUUGAGUAUAUUCAAGAGGACGAGCUUGUAGAAGUCACCCCAUUGAGUGUGCGUAUGUGCAAGAAUCCCAAGAUAGUAAAGAGAACAAAAUAGCUUACCAUGGGGACUGUGUAUAUUGGACAGUUAGUACUCACACUAUAAGAUUGUAUUAUUUGUUCCCCUAGGCAAUGGGCCUGAUUUCUACAUCAAAAUUUUGAGAUGGAGUUUUUCCCAUGUAUCAAGCAGCUUCAAGGUGUUGUACGGGUCUUGUUUUGGAGAGGAAUUGGAUAAAGAAUUUACUAUCGUAUGAUUCUUUUUUUAUUUCAGUAGUGUUCCCUCUACAAUAUUUUGAGAACUAAAAACUGACAUGCUUUAGAAAUUCAGAAAGCAAAUUAUUUUGUCAUAGGUCAAUGGACAACUUGAUCAAUUAAGUUUACUUUCUGCUUCUUCAUUUGUAAUUCUAGGAUAUUAUUACAUGUUUUAGAAAAAUUAGCCAGUUGAUAAGAUAAGAGUGACCACGACAAAAUGUGAGGUCAUUUGGGAUAUGGUAUAUACAUGGAAGAUGUGUAUGCUUAUUGAAAUACUUGGCUGAUAGCCACAUUAUAAUGUGUCCCAUCUGUUAGGGCUUCAAUUGCUUUUGCCAUAUGAUUCUAAUAUUUUUUAUUGAGGUUUAGAACUCAAAUAAUGAAUCUUCUACUUAUUUUA